AUGACAUCAUACUCAGAAAUAAUAUUUUCUGGAGUAUCUGCCAAAGUGAAUAAGCCAAAGGACAUCGUGUAUCUGAACCACACUCUGUUUUGUGUUGCUGUGCAUGUCAUUUUGAGAACGAGCAGGCCAGAAUCACGAGUUGGGGACUGCUCACUUACUGCCAUCCUGCAAGCGCUGCUCUUCACAGUGACACAAUGUUUUGCAUUGCACAUGUUUGGACUUGCAGUUCAUACAUACAUUGUUGUCACUCAUCUGCCUCAAAUGGCGCACGCUGAUGGUGCAACAGCCGCGUCUCAGUCUCAGGCUAACUUAUUAGCGCAUGCUGAUGAUGUCAUGGCCAUGUCUCAGUCUCAGGUUCUUCUUAGUGGACACUAUCGGUGCCAUGACCAUGUUCUGCUCUCAGCUUCUUAUCUGACAUUGAUGGUGCCAUGGGCAUGUCCUGCUCUUAGCUAUAUCCUUCAUAGCGGUGGGAAGACCCAGGCGCAUAUAUCCAGGGUGCUCUUUCAGCCUCUGACACAACAACACGCUCUGGCAAAUCCAAAUGAAGUGCCAAGUACCGAGGGACUCUGGGUGGAAUCAUGGAACUUGGUUGUCAUGACUCAGAUGUUGAAGCAGACUUCUACCGCCACACAUUUGUUGCAAGCCUAA